GCCAAUUGUCAGCAUACCAAUACUCGAUCGCUUAUCUUUUAGAGAUUAUCAAAGCGUCUUUAUAACCAUAAUCUUCUUUACAUGUGAGAGCAUUGUUAGAGUAAUCCUCAUGUUCAUGCCAAAGCUUCUAAUCAGACAAAUGGAUGCUUUGAUUGAAGCGUAACAUUCCCCUAGUUUAUACAGCUUUUAAAAACUAAGUUCUUCGAUAAAUAGUAACUUUCCGUGGUUAUCACGCGCUGAAGCCAAGCCGCAUGUUAGUCCCUUGGAACACGCAGAAACCUUUGAAAAGAUGGUCAGGCAUUGGAAGAACUAUAACUGUGAGCAACAUGUCGUUCUGACAAAGGAUAACUAUCUGUUAUGCGUUCAUCGUAUCCCUUCUGUAAAGACAGAACACCGAAAAGUUAAAAAAUUUGAACCUCAAGAGGAAAUAGAGAUUAUCAACAAUCUAGACAAGUUUGUUCAGACCAAGCAUCCCAAGCCAUUAGGGUAUCAAGAGAAGCCUGUUGUUCUUCUCUACCAUGGAUUUCUCAUGUCUUCUGAAGUGUGGGUGUCCAACAUUGACGAAUACAGAAAUUUACCGUUCGUGCUAGCCCAGAGAGGCUAUGACGUCUGGUUGGGAAACGCUCGUGGUAACAAAUACUCGCAGUAUCAUCUUCAUCUAAAUGCCACUCAACAGCAGUUUUGGAACUUUUCGAUGAAUGAGUUUGCUAUGAGAGACUUGCCCGAUACAGUUGACUACAUCUUGAAGCAAACAGGUGCUUCUAGUCUUACCUACAUUGGUUUCUCGCAAGGAACUGCUCAAGCUUUUGCCAGCUUGUCAAUCAAUCCCGAUUUGAACAAAAAGGUCAACUUGUUCAUUGCUUUAGCUCCUGCUACAACACCAAAAGGUUUAAGGCAUCCAAUCAUUGACGCGUUUGUCAAGGCAACACCUGCCGUCAUUUACUUGAUGUUUGGCAGAAAGGCACCUCUUAAACUAGCACUGUUCUGGCAGCGUAUCGUAACUCCACCUAUCUAUGUCAAGAUCAUUGAUACAUGCUGUCACUUUUUGUUUGGCUGGACAGGAAGAAACAUGUCUGACUCUCAAAAGGCUGUUAGUUAUCAGCAUCUUUACAGCACUACCAGUGUCAAGUCUUUGGUGCACUGGUUUCAAAUCAUAAGAUGUGGUCAAUUUCAAAUGUAUGAUGAAGUUCCAAGUAGAUUACCCUAUCAUUCAGAGAAUGGCGCCGCAGAUCAUAUACCUCCUCGUUUCCCUACCUUACAGAUUACUACACCGAUAGCAAUCUUUUAUGGUCGAUCAGAUUCACUUGUCGACUUUAAUGUUCUCUCUGCAGACCUGCCUUCACCACUGGCUUAUGUAAAAUCAAUUGACAAGUGGGAACAUUUGGACUUUUUAUGGGCAGAAGGAGUAGAGGAUAUUAUCUAUCCUGAUGUUCUGAAACUGUUGGAAAGGUUCAAUCCUCACAUAAAUGCUCCAGUAGCUCAAAAAGAAGGUAUUAAGAAUGACCCAGAAGAGCAAAUGCUGCAAAUAAAAAAAUAAAGUUGCACAGUUAUUAAAUAUUCUCUUUGAUGACAGAUUGUGUCAAGGAAAAUUGUAAGAGCAAGUGUGACCUAAAAGAUAUUUCUUGUCUUCAUUCUUAUGGUUUGCAUUGCUUCAUGGGCUUGAGCUAUUUACUCCUUUCCAUGUUUUAUUGAUAACCCAUUAUAAAAACGGAACACCUGAGUCAUCUCCCUUUAAACCAAACGUACGUUUCAUCAUGUUCUUAUCCAAGUCUUUUGUUUACAUCGCAAAAUCAAGAGAAACACCCCCAAAUCUAAGAAGGUAAUGUUAGUUAUAUAGACGAAUUAUAGGAAAAGAAUAAUCACAGGUGAAGGCCAAAAAAGUUUCUUUAUUAUGA